AUGCAUCUCCAGCUUCUGCUCCAUCGAAUCUCUUAUCGGAUCCGCUACUUCCACGCCGCCGCAACCGCUCCCCUCUCGGAGACUUCCGUAUCCAACGAACUCAUCUCGAUUAUCGAGGAAGCCAAUCCGUUGGAGGCGGACGCCAUGGUCCCUUUCCUCUCCCCCGCUGCUGUCGCUUCCGUCAUCCAACAGACGCCCAAUCCGCAGCUGGCGCCGGCGUCGGAAGAAAGAAGAGACGAGAGGAGGACUGGCAACCCCGGCGGAGGAAGAAAGAAGGAACGGCGGGGGAUGGAGGCCUCAAUCGUAGCCGCCGGAUACAUCGCGGUUCUGAUCUAG